CUGUUCUGAGUACUGCAUACCACAAUGUCUGUCAACAUUUUCGGCCAAGAGGCAACAGAGGAGAAAGCAGAGACUGCGCGUCUCUCUUCGUUCGUCGGUGCUCUAGCUGUCGGCGACCUCGUGAAAUCAACACUUGGGCCAAAGGGCAUGAACAAAAUUUUACAAUCAGGCUCGACAGGAGAUAUCAACGUCACAAAUGAUGGAGCUACGAUCCUCAAAUCAAUUCAACUGGAUAACGCGGCCGCAAAAAUUCUUGUGAAUAUCUCAAAAGUGCAGGACGAUGAGGUUGGGGAUGGCACGACGAGUGUGUGUGUCCUUGCGAGUGAACUGUUGCGUGAGGCGGAGAAGUUGGUGAUGGCGAAGAUUCAUCCGCAGACGAUUGUGGAAGGUUAUAGGAUAGCGAGUGCUGCUGCGUUGGAGGCGCUUGAGGAGGCUGCGGUUGAUCAUUCUUCAGAUCCUACUACGUUCCGUGAAGACCUUUUCAACAUUGCGCGGACAACCUUGUCUUCAAAAGUUUUAUCUCAGGAUAAAGAUUAUUUCGCAAACCUUGCUGUUGAUGCUGUGCUUCGAUUACAGGGUUCGACGGAUCUAGAACAUAUUCAGGUCAUAAAGAGAGUCGGAGGAAAGCUGACUGACUCAUAUCUUGAUGAGGGAUUCAUUCUGGACAAGCAGAUCGGUGUUAAUUGCCCGAAGCGACUCGAAAAUGCGAAGAUCCUCAUUGCUAACACCUCAAUGGACACGGAUAAAAUCAAAAUAUUCGGCGCACGAGUGAAGGUCGACAGCACUGGGAAGCUUGCCGAGUUAGAACGUGCUGAACGUGAAAAAAUGAAGGACAAAGUAAAAGCAAUCGCUGCACAUGGUAUCAACUGUUUCAUCAACCGACAGUUGAUCUAUAACUAUCCUGAAUCUCUUUUGGCUGAGCAUGGCAUUUUGACGAUUGAACAUGCGGACUUUGAAGGUGUUGAGAGGCUUUCGCUCGUAACUGGUGGAGAAAUUGCAAGUACAUUUGAACAGCCGGAUAAGGUGAAGCUUGGUCGAUGCGAACUCAUCGAGGAAAUUAUGAUUGGCGAGGACAAGUUGGUCAAGUUUUCUGGUGUCGCAGCCGGCCAGGCAUGUACUGUCGUAUUGCGUGGGUCGACCACGCAGAUGGUUGACGAGGCGGAGCGAUCGCUUCAUGAUGCUCUCUCUGUGCUCAGCCAGACUGUCAAGGAGACCCGCGUAACUCUGGGAGGUGGAUGCGCUGAAAUGCUGAUGAGUUGCGCGGUAGAGGCAGCUGCUCGCCGUGUUGCGGGUAAAAAAGCGAUUGCUGUCGAGUCUUUCGCUCGAGCUUUGCGUCAGAUCCCAAUCAUCCUGGCAGACAACGCUGGCUUCGAUUCAAGCGAUCUUGUCAGUCGUCUGCGCGCGGCACACUAUAAUGGACAACGAGAUGCGGGCCUUGAUAUGAACGAAGGGUCAAUUGCUUCUAUGCGAAGACUUGGAGUAACAGAGAGUUACAAGCUCAAACGGCAGGUUGUGAUCAGCGCUAGUGAAGCAACGGAGAUGAUUCUAAGGGUUGAUACCAUCCUGCGCUCUACUCCAAGAAGACGUGAGGCUAUGUGAUUGUAGUGUAGUGGUAGAUAAUUGAUAGAAUCGCAAAAUAAAAGUCUGUGCCAG